CAGAUUGUAUAGUACCUUAGGUACCUAUUGGCGCUAAGCUCCACUGGAAUAACGUUGCCUCCUUCAGGGCAACCCGAAUACUUGGGAAAUACAAACUUCAUCUUCCCAUACCCAGAUCUAAACCGCGCUCGCAUAUAUUUUACCACGCGCUUUCUCCUCAGGUCGUUUAAUCACUAGGGACGAUUCCAACCCUGUAUCGUAUAUUCUGCAGACUAAGGCCCGACGCUGCAAUCCCCCCUAUUCCCAUCAAGAUCCCUAUUCUCCUAGAUUCGACCCUAGCGAUACCCAUACCCAUACCCAUACCGCCCAUGCGAGCCCAAUAUGGGUAUAAGUAGACGACCGAAGGAUAAAUCAGGCGCAGCGUCCCGUGCUGGUGGCGCAAAAGCGCAAGAUGGCGAUGCCAGACCCAAGAAGGCUACCUUCGAGACAACCAAGAAGAAAGAGAUAGGCGUUUCCGAUCUGACCUUACUUAGCAAAGUAUCGAAUGAGGCAAUCAACGAAAACCUGAAGAAGCGAUUCGAAGGCCGCGAGAUUUACACCUACAUUGGCCAUGUCUUGGUUUCAGUUAACCCCUUUAGAGAUCUCGGUAUCUACACCGACCAGGUCCUCGAAUCAUACAAGGGCAAGAACCGUUUAGAGGUGCCGCCCCAUGUCUUCGCGAUCGCCGAGUCAGCAUACUACAACAUGAAGGCCUACCACGAGAACCAGUGUGUUAUUAUUUCUGGCGAGUCGGGAGCUGGUAAGACUGAAGCGGCCAAGCGGAUCAUGCAAUACAUCGCAAACGUGUCCGGCGGCGAGAGCGGAGAAAUCAAACAAAUAAAGGACAUGGUGCUGGCAACCAACCCACUGCUCGAGUCUUUCGGAAAUGCGAAGACGUUAAGGAAUAAUAACUCGUCUCGGUUCGGAAAGUACCUACAAAUACACUUCAACUCCAACGGAGAGCCUGUAGGAGCCGACAUCACAAACUAUCUACUCGAGAAAUCACGAGUCGUGGGCCAAAUUACCAACGAGCGAAACUUCCACAUAUUCUACCAAUUUUCCAAAGGAGCGUCUGAAAAUUACCGGACAAUGUUCGGCGUCCAAAAGCCGGAGACGUAUGCGUACCUCAGCCGGUCAAAGUGCUUCGACGUCGAUGGCAUAGACGAUUUGGCUGACUUUCGAGAUACCUUGGAAGCCAUGAAGAUUAUUGGUCUUUCUCAGGCCGAGCAGGAUGAGGUCUUCCGCAUGUUAGCCGCCAUUCUCUGGACUGGAAACAUCCAGUUCGUCGAAGGAGAUGACGGAUAUGCUGCUGUGGCUGACCAGUCUGUCGUGGACUUCCUCGCAUAUCUGUUGGAAGUUUCGCCCGCUGCAUUGGUCAAGGGCAUAACAAUUCGAGUCUUAACCCCAAGGAGCGGCGAAGUAAUCGAGUCCCCAGCGAAUGCCGCCCAAGCAACCGCUACCAGAGAUGCACUUGCUGGGGCUAUCUACUACAACCUCUUCGAUUGGAUUGUUGGAAGAAUAAACCAGUCACUACAAGCUCGACAGCAAACAAGCAACAAUAUUGGAAUUCUGGAUAUUUAUGGAUUUGAAAUCUUCGAGAAGAAUAGUUUCGAGCAGCUCUGUAUCAACUACGUGAACGAAAAGCUGCAGCAGAUUUUUAUCCAGCUUACACUGAAGGCCGAACAAGAAGAAUACGCACGGGAGCAGAUCCAAUGGACGCCAAUCAAAUAUUUUGAUAAUAAGGUUGUGUGUGAUCUCAUCGAGCAGAUUCGACCGCCGGGUAUCUUCUCUGCCUUGAAGGAUGCUACCAAGACAGCCCACGCCGACCCCGCGGCGUGCGAUCGUACCUUCAUGCAGAGCAUUAGCGGCAUGUCCAACGCCCAUCUCACUCCUCGCUCGGGAAGCUUCAUUAUUAAGCAUUACGCCGGCGAUGUUAGUUACACCGUCGAAGGAAUCACUGAUAAAAACAAGGACCAACUCCUCAAGGGUGUCCAAAACUUGUUCCAGCAGAGUUCUAACCACUUUGUCCAUGCGCUGUUCCCUCAGCCCGUAGAUCAGGAUAACCGCAAGCAGCCCCCAACUGCCGGUGACAGAAUCAGAACUUCGGCCAAUGCUCUCGUAGAAACUCUGAUGAAGUGCCAACCUUCUUAUAUCCGGACAAUCAAGCCGAACGAAAACAAGUCGCCUACGGAGUAUAACGUGCCAAAUGUCCUACAUCAAAUCAAGUAUCUAGGUCUGCAAGAGAACGUCAGGAUUCGACGUGCGGGUUUCGCCUACCGUCAAUCAUUCGAGAAGUUUGUUGAGCGUUUCUUCUUACUGUCUCCUGCUACGUCCUACGCGGGCGAGUAUACUUGGCAAGGAACCGAAGAGGCUGCUGUGAAGCAAAUCUUGAAGGAUACAAGUAUUCCGAAGGAAGAAUGGCAACUAGGUGUGACAAAGGCUUUCAUCAAGUCCCCAGAGACUUUGUUUGCUCUAGAAACCAUGCGAGAUCGAUAUUGGCAUAACAUGGCGACUCGUAUUCAAAGAAUGUGGAGGGCGUACCUAGCCUACCGCGCAGAAUCGGCGACCCGAAUUCAACGUUUCUGGCGGAAGAAGCGGGUUGGUGCUGAAUAUCUACAACUUCGAGACCAAGGUCACAAAGUUUUGCAAGGGCGUAAGGAACGAAGACGUUAUAGUCUGCUGGGUUCUCGACGUUUCUUGGGUGACUAUCUGGGAAUUAACGCGUCGACUGGGCCGGGAUCACACAUACGAAGCUCCAUAGAACUACCGAGCAACGAGAAGUCCAUCUUUUCGUGUCGUGGGGAGGUUCUAGAGGCCAAGUUCGGGCGAUCAAGUAAACCAAGCCCUCGCAUUCUCAUUGUGACUAACAGCAAGUUCUACAUCGUAGCGCAGUCAUUGGUCAAUCAUCAAGUCCAAAUUGUCAUUGAACGUCAAAUUCCGCUAGGAUCUAUCAAGUUUAUUGGUACAUCGACAUGUCGCGACGACUGGUUCUCGUUAGGGAUUGGGUCGCCCCAGGAACCUGAUCCCUUACUAAACUGCGUCUUAAAGACAGAACUUUUUACACAAAUGCAACGAGCGAUGCCUGGUGGCUUCAGCCUGAAGAUUGGCGACUCAAUAGAAUACGCCAAGAAGCCAGGAAAGAUGCAAAUCGUAAAGGUGCUAAAGGACUCGCAACAGGCCGUCGAUUUUUACAAGAGCGGGACAGUGCAUACACAGACCGGGGAGCCUCCUUCGUCUGUAUCGAAACCGACGCCUAAAGGCAAACCCGUGCCACCCCGUCCGAUUACUCGAGGCAAGCUCAUUAAACCGGGUGGUCCCGGUGGCAGGCCUUCCCGAAUCACCAACGCACGUCCGAGCACCACAAAACGUGGUCCAGCAGCGGUUCAGACCCCAAGACCAGUCCCAGUCCCAACUCCCACUGCCUCAGUCACAAGCAGCAUUCCAAGCCAUACUCGUAACCAAGAAUCGACAUCGUCCGCACGCGCGCCACCUCCUCCUCCACCGCCACCUGCUGCUCCUCCAGCGAAAGCUAAAAUGACCGCCAAAGUUCUGUACGACUUUGCUGGCCAUAAAGAGAAUGAGCUCUCGAUAAAGGCUGGCGAAAUCAUCGAGAUUGUCCAAAAGGAGAACAAUGGCUGGUGGUUAGCAAAGAAUUCGCAUGGACAAGCGUGGGUACCUGCAGCAUACGUCGAAGAACAAGCAGCAGCACCUCCCCCAGCACCAGCAGCUGCUCCGAGGGCUCCGCCGCCGCCUCCAAGCCAAAACGGCACGGCAACGGCAGCACGGAAUAAGCCUACGCCGCCACAGCCCCCAGCGAAGCGGCCUGUUACUGGGAAGAAGCCUGCGCCGCCUCCACAACCCCGAGACUCAGGUAUGAGUCUUAAUGGUACCGGCGGGUCAGACAAUAGCCGUAGCAGUACACCGACACCUAGCGUGAAGGGUUCCCUAGCUGAUGCAUUGUUGGCGAGAAAGAACGCCAUGCAAACUAGGAGAGACGAUGAUGACGAUUGGUGAAGUAGAACAUCAGAGUAGAGUUGCGUUUGGUGCAGGUGUCGGCUUUGAAAUGUUUAGUCUAUGCAUAGAAUAGGCGCACCCAGAAUUAUAGCGAGACGGGAACGGGGGACAACCUAUCCGAGACGGCCACAAUAAGUAACGGACCCUAUCUCUCCCGCAAGACGAGAAGCGAAAGCAGGACGGGGUUAGAUAUCAGAUGGUAGUUCUACAGCCGCAACGAAGCGUGUAAGGUAUUGUACGGAGCGAGCACGAUAUAGCAUGACAGCCUUGCAUAGUAGAACAAUUCACGUGCUUAGAAAGGUAGAUGGGCAAAGAGAGGGCUUGAAAUAGUUGGCGAAUUAUAUCUAUACAUAAACUUUAU